AUGGAAGAAAACGAUGAAACCGAGGAAAAUGAGGAACCAACUAUCACAUGGCAAAAGCGCGCCAAAAUGGCGCUACCUCACGCCGGACUCUAUCUCUCACUUUUUGUGUACUUGAUGGUCGGUGCUGCGGUGUUUCACUGGUUAGAGUACGAAGCGGACAAGAAGAUACAGAAUGCUAAGUUGGAACGAAUAAAACAUGAUUACCGUGUGAUAGAUGCAGCUCUUAAGGAAAUGGCCCCGAAGGACAGCUAUGAAGCUUAUCGAGGAGCAAUCUUUGAGCAAAUAGCCGAACUAUCGUCUCUUCAUGAAGGACGUCCGUUCCAACUUGCUGAUGGGAUGCCCUCUGAGGAAGCGCUGCCACCUCGAUGGAGCCGAAGCAGCGCUUUUCUUUAUGCGCUCAGUAUCCUGACUACAACAGGCUACUCAUACGCUGUUCCCGUAACACCUUUUGGACAACUUCUUGCGAUCGUCUACGGAUUGCUGGGAAUCCCUAUAAUGGUCCUAGCAGCAGUGGAUAUUGGUCGUUUUUUGUCUCAUAUUGUUCUGGAACUUUACGGAAAGUACCAAGAUAUGCUGUCAUCAUUGAAUUGUCGUAGGAAAUUAACCACAAAAACUGCGACAGUGUUACGAUCCAAGAAACCGUGGAAUAAACCAUUGACUGAGGAGGAAGAGCACGACGACGGGAGUGAAAACGAAGAAGAAGAAAAGGAGGAGGAUAAUUCGGACAAGGAAAAACUACCAAAUGCUAAACGCUUACCGUUAAGCAUUAAUGCCGGAAUUCUAUUGGUGUUUUGUAUGAUGGGAGGAGUGACGUAUAUUGCCGCAGGUGGUAAGGCGACGUUUCUCGAAGCGUUCUUUGUCACUUUCAACCUGGUCGCCAACCUCACGAUGAGUGAAAUGCCAAGCGAUUUGAACCAUGUGCUCACCUUGAUAUACAUUUUUGUAUUCGUCACAUUCGGUGUUGCCGUACUCUCUAUGUGCGCCGAGCUAGCAGCACUCGAAUUAAAGGACAUCUUCCUUAAAAUUCACUAUUUCGGCCGUAAAAUCAAAUUCAAACGUAAACAUAAAAAGGAACAGAUGGAGGUUGAAGUUAAAGAACUGCUAAAGAUUAUCGAAGAGAUUCGACGACGAUAUCCUGAGAAGGAGCGCAUCACUUCACUAGACAUUCUACGAUACAUGAAUGAAGCCAGCGCUGAACCAGUGGUUGUGGCAGAACGUCGCGAUACAAUCGCGUUUAUGCCACAAACAAUGGAAAUGCUGAAAUUCGCCGAUGAAUUGGAUAUGGAGGAUCGAAGCGCGAGUCGACUUGAAGAGAUUCCACUUAUCGAAAAGAACGUGAACAAAGGAACGAGACUUAUCGACGUCCUACAAUUCUCCGAAGAUAUCGAUCUGGAGCACCGCUUCUAUCACGAACUUCGAAAAUAUGCACGAGAACACAAGGAGCACAAACGAUCCAACGUUGACUGUUUUAAUGAGAAAACUCAUGUGAUGUGGAUUUUGGGUGAAAAAAUAAAAUUUCUGAACGAACGUCACCCAGUGGUUGAAGGUUCCACGGUCUUAUCAUUCACCAAUUUGUCUCUGUCAAUUGCAACCGAGACACCUACUGACAUUUCUGCAAUCAACAAAUCCCGGGAAGCCACAUAUUUCUUUCUGGAACGUUUCGUGAAAAAUCUCUCCUUAGGCUCCGACUCACCGUACUUGAUGCCAACCGCUUGCGCAACUGCAAUGUGUAUAUAA